CAAAUAUUAGGGUAAAUGGAUAACAGUCGACUGUGGGAAAUGGCAGCGGCUAGCGACGUAGAAGAUUUCAUAACUUGUGGCGUUUGUUUUUUCGAAUACGACCACGAUGAUAGGAAACCCAAAUUUCUGCAAUGCUCCCACACCGUCUGCCUCUCGUGUUUGAAGGGAAUACGCCAUGGAGACACGAUUACGUGCCCUUUUUGUCGCGAUACUUUUGUCAAGUUCGACGUCGAGAGUCUGCCAAACAACGCGUAUGCCUUCUACCUACUAAAAUUAAAGGAGAAAAAUGUGCUGCCGAAACUAUCUGACAUUGUGACGACUCCGUUGGCAGUCAGCUGGUGUCUGACUUGUGGAUCGGCAGAGAAACGAACGUGUACUUCAUCCGGUCACUCCUCAGUCGAAAUGACAGCUGACGCAAUCAGAAAUGUAGAAGAGCUCUUCAACAUAAAAGAAGACCUGAUGAAAAUGAAAAACAUUGGGACAAACCAAUUGGCUACGGCCAUUCAGGAACGCCAGAAAGUACACGAACAACUUGCUCUACUUUUGAAUGCUAUCCAGUGUUCGGAAAAUGAAAUCAAGAAACUUCGAGAUGAGAAUAGUUUUCACUUAGCUCAAAUGAUGACAUUGUUGGAAAGAAACAGUAAAAAAUCCUUCCCCGAUGGUCAACCGAAGGAAAAAUUGUACUUUUCAGAGUUGAUGUCUUUUGUCGAAGGUUCCACCGCAGACGACACUGCAGAGACGCUGAAACAGAAGAUGACCAAAUCCAUGGAAUGGUACGAACAGCAAUGUCGUGAAGCGACCGCAAUAGCUUCAGAGUACAAACUCCGCCAGAAAUUGAAAAUAGCUGUCCAUCUGUUGGAUGAAAAUGACAGGCGAAUUCCAACGGUUCCUUGGCUAGAAGAAGGAUUCCGUUUCCAACCGCUCUGCCCAGCUUUGAAAGGAUCUCAAGUCCGCCAAAAUUCCCUGUUGCUGUCGCAUGCCGUCUUUUCAUUACUUCAGAGUAACGUCUUGAAUAGAGACGUGCCCACGGUAGAGGCGGAAUCGAAAGGCGAGCAACCAACACCAGUCGUGCAUUUGCCACCUUCCAUACCCUUAACCUCUACCAAGAAAUUCGUCUUGAACGCUUCCUCAUUUUUCAUCUUGAGAAUCUAUCAGUCGGGGACUCUCAUGGGAAAUAUUUUCAUUCGUCCUGUGCACAUGUUUGAACAUUGCGACUUUACGCGACAAUUGGGAGAAUUUUGUUUCCAAAUCCAAAAGGUAUUCUGCAGCACAGUCAGUAAGGUCAUAUCCGGAGUUUACGUCGAAUUUCCGAUGGCCAACGCCGAAUUUCAGCCAGUGGUUCCCAAAAUGGAAAGCUUCGACGGUGUUACACGGAAACCCAAGAAUGUGAAAACAUUUGCUGACCAGUUAGACGAGGUCGGUGUCACUUUUUUCAAGUCGUUAUUUGACCAAGUGAUCGGUUGGAGUUUCAUUUUUCCGCUGGAAGAUUACCGAAGCCCAAAGUAUGAAGCACAUGUAAAAAAGGUUUCGGCAAACGAGUUGUUCGGUCGGGUAACCGAUCGCUACAUGAUGAAACCUGUGAUCAAACUGAGUUCGGCCAACAAGUCGGAAAGAGCGGGCUACACGAUCACCGUGGAGUCGCAAUCACCUCUAUAGUCCAGUAGAAAUCUAUAAGGUAACCUUUGUCCAACCCAAAUUUUACUUUAACGGAGAUUUCAAGUGUACGGGAAAGAAUUAAAGAAAAAUACAAUGAGGCAUAAGUACUCUACGGUAUUUUCCUUCAAUCCUGCAAACCUGAAAUGCGUCUGCCAACUUUAAUUAAGUAGUACCGUUCUAGUAGUAUAGCGCUUAAAUAUGGUUUCAUUAUGGACGUAAUUUUUCCUUUCUUUUGUUAUCCUAUUUUCCAAUCGCAAUGUGUUUGUUUUACAUUGAAUUCCAAUGACGCAUCUUACAAACAACUCGAAAAUUAUCAUGUCAAAACUGAUAACGGCUCUAGCCGCCUUUAAACACAGGUGGAAUUUUGAAAAAGAACUGAUAAUGAAGCUUUGAAGGAAACAAAGACGAUCGAUAAGUCAAUCGACAGGAGACAAGACAUGGCGACAGCCAACGUUACCAACGAUCUAGAACAUUUCGUGAAUUGUGGUGUUUGUCUAUGCGAAUUCGACGAAGAAAAUAGGAAACCCAAAUUUCUACAAUGCGCUCACACGGUCUGUCUGACGUGUCUGCAGAAAAUAGUAGGUCAAGUUGGCUGGAUUACAUGCCCUUUUUGCCGAAAAUUUUUUGUUGACGACACUGCCAGUCUGCCCAACAAUUCCUACGCCCUCCAGAUGGUCAAAUUAAAAGAAGAGAGGGAAAAGCCGAAAGUAACGGCCGUCAGUUCCUUGGAGUGUCGAUCUUGUCAUUCGGUAAAAAACGCAGGAAUGGUCGAGCAAACGAAGAAAUUGACAGCAGUUCUUAAGAAACGGAAAGAAGUACAAGGGAAAUUGGAUGCCAUCGCGAAAUCCAUCACUGCGGUUGGUGAUCAAGUGAAAAAACUUCAAGAAGAAAACAAUAUCGAAAUGGCGGAACUGCUGUCGCUCAUUGAAGUUACUCCGCAACCAACAGCGUCAAGGUCUUUGCCAAAUGCAAUAACCCCCAUGGCCGUGGAUGCCAAAUUGUUGCAGUCGUCGAUGCAGUCUUACAUUUUCAUCCUGAAAGUGUCUGACUACUUCGUACCAAUGGGUGAAAUUCGGAUCCGCCCAGCGCUCACAUUCCACCCGGAAUUUGUGCAACAGUUGGGACAGUUUUGCUACAAAUCUCCAAAGACUUUUGCCUCUAAUGUUGACAAGGCCCAGGCUGGAGUGUUCGUCUCAAUACCGAUGUCUCAUUGGCAGUUCCGUCCAACUUUGGGGGCCACUAAUCAAACAACUCGUAUCGCUGCUUCAAAAAUGGGUGAGGUUGGUGUGAUCUUUAAGAAAAAUAAUCUUAAACCUGUUGGUGUCGGCCCCAAAACCAUUACCGAUUGGAAUUUUUUCAUACCGUUGAAUCCUGUAAACAUCCAGCAGAAGAGCGUAAUAUCUUCCGCUGGCGCCGAACUCUUUGGACACAUCAUCGACACUUGCAGUUCACCCAAUAAAGCAGUGACUGAGCUGAGCAUGUCCAAAAAGAACGAAAGAGACCGCUACAGAAUUACUCUCGAAUCCCAGUAGUAUUUGUAAUGCGCAAUCCAGUUAUAUUUAAAGUGCGUAAUUUCUCUUAUUUUUAAACCAUUCCAACAAAUUGAAAGAUUAGAAUUUAAAAUUGCCAAGAAUCAGACAAAAAUUGUUUCCACUAUUUUGAGUAGAAAUGAGUAGAAAUCCUAUAUGUUAACAGUCUAUUUACAAUUUACGUUCUAAUCAGUUCAACAUUUUUACUUGUCAAAAUGCUUGCCAUUUUCUUUCGUUUCGCUUAUUCCAAUUUACUUCCAACUCUAACACAAUGCAUUCGUCAGUCAAAUCUCGCAAUCAGCUUCCAACUUUUGUGCCCAUUUCCUCGAAUUGCUAUUACCCAUAAUCUAGCCUUGCAGAUAUCGCGAACACCUGUUACACAACUUAAACGUUGAUUCUUCUCUGAAUUUUGAAAAAUCGUUUGCGCUACGUAAGUGUAUUAUGGUGAAUAUUCCUUAUCUAGCCAGUCAGCAGCAAACUAAGACAUGGCUAUGGCCGUCGCUAGUUAUACGGAACAUUUCGUGAAUUGUGGUGUGUGUUUCUGUGAAUUUGACGAAGAAAUCAGGAAACCCAAAUUUCUUCAAUGCGCCCACACCGUUUGCCUCAAAUGUUUAAAGAAAAUAUGGCGAGCUGGCGUGAUUACGUGCCCUUUUUGCCGCACAACGUUCUCCAGUGACGCUGCCAGUCUUCCUAAUAAUUCGUAUGCUCUUCAGAUGGUCAAAUUAAAAGAAACUACGAGUCUCAUGGAGUGUCGAGCUGGUGGAUCGAUAGAAAUAAGUGAUCUAACGAAGAAAUUCACCGCAGUUCUUAAGAAACGGAAAGGAGUUCAAGAGCAAUUGAAUGCAAUAACGAAAUCCAUCACUGCGGUUGGUGUUCACGUGAAGAAACUUCAGGAAGAAAAUAAUAUCGAAAUGGCAAAACUGAUUUCGCUCAUUGAAGUUACUCCGAAACCAACAGCGUCAACCUUUUUUCAAAAUCCAGUAUCCCCCUUGAACGCCAAAUUGGUCCAGUCAUCGAUGCAGUCUUCCAUUUUCAUCCUGAAAGUGUUUAACAACGGCACGUCAAUAGGCGAAAUUCGGAUCCGCCCAGCGCUCACAUUUCACCCGGAAUUUGUGCAAAAGUUGCGACAGUUUUGCUACAAAUCUCCAAAGACUUUCGCCUCUACUGUUGACAAGGCCCAGGCUGGGGUUUUCGUCUCAAUAUCGAUGUCUCAUACUGUGUCCUUUCAGCCAACUUUGGCGGGUGCUAAUCAGACACCUCGUAUUAAUGCCUCAAAAAUGGGUGAGGUCGGUAUGAUCUUGAAGAAAAAGAAUCAACCCAUCGGUGUCGGUCCCAACACCAUUACCGACUGGAAUUGGUUCAUACCGUUCAAUACUGUACACGACCAACAAAGAAAGAUCAUUGCUUCCGCCUCUGCCGAACUCUUUGGACACAUCAUCGACACAUCCAAUCACCCCAAUGUAGCCAUUACAAAGCUGAGCACGUCCAAAAAGAACGAAAGAGGAAGCUACACAAUGACUCUCGAAUCCCAGUAGUACUACCUCAAUAAGGUAUUUAGUUCUAAUCGAAGAUUGCAUGUACAUCCUUAAUUCUAACCGUUGAAAGAAAACUGUAAAAGAUCGCAGCUUACGAGAGCAAAUUACAAAUUUGAUUGAAAAUGUA